AGUGAUCUAACCUAUAUUUCGCAUUUUGUGAUCACGCUAGAUUGUGGUGCCGACCACAUGUGAGUGUAUUUGGAUACGUGUUUAUCUCUGAGAAAUCAUUAUUUUUUAAAUAAAAAUGGGUAAAAAGUCAAAGAUUGGAAAGCAGAGGAAGGAUAAAUAUUACCAGUUAGCCAAGGAAACAGGUUAUAGAUCACGUGCUGCCUUCAAAUUAAUACAAUUAAACAGGAAAUUUGAGUUUCUCCAAAAAUCGAGAGUAUGCAUCGAUUUGUGCGCAGCACCUGGCGGUUGGAUGCAAGUCGCCAGGCAAAAUAUGCCGGUGUCGUCUAUAGUAAUAGGUGUAGAUCUGUAUCCGAUAAAACCUGUCCCAGGAUGCAUCAGUCUCGUGGAAGAUAUUACGACGGACAAGUGUAGAGUAGCUAUCUCACGUGAAUUAAAGACAUGGAAGGCCGAUGUUGUUUUAAAUGACGGUGCUCCUAAUGUGGGAAAAAAUUGGCUCCACGAUGCGUACCAGCAAGCUGUGUUAACAUUAUCAGCUGUUAAAUUAGCUACUCAGUUCUUGAGAGCUGAUGGUUGGUUCGUGACAAAAGUGUUUCGAUCUAAAGAUUAUCACUCGUUGGUCUGGGUGCUAAAACAGCUGUUUAAAAAGGUACAUGCCACUAAACCCCAAGCAUCGCGUACUGAAUCCGCUGAAAUAUUUGUGGUUUGUCAAUAUUAUAUCGCUCCUGACAAAUUGGAUCCCAAGUUCUUCGACCCAAAGUAUGUAUUUUCGGAAUUGGAAAUAGAAUCUACAAACAAGCUAAAUAUUUUUCACCCGGAGAAACAGAAGAAACUUAAAGUGGAAGGCUAUCCCGAGAAUGACUACACGUUGCACCAUAAAUUGUCUGCAAAAGAGUUUAUUGCCUGUGAGGAUGCAAUAGCAGCUUUGCAGAAUGCCUCCGAAAUAGUGAUAGAUGACGAUGCUAUCGACAAGCAUGAGAAAACAACUCAGGAAAUAAGGGAGUGCUGUAAAGAUAUUAAAGUGCUUGGUCGAAAGGAUUUGAAGCUGCUACUCAGUUGGUGGAAAGCAUUGAAAGAAGCGAAAGUUGAGGUAACGGAGGAAGAGAAGAUCGAGGAUGAAGUUACGGAAGCGGCAGCUACCAUUGAUCCCGAGGAGCAGGAGAAUCUGGAAGAUAUGGAAAUCGAGAAGCAAAUUGCUGAAGUGAGAAAAGAGGAGGCCAGGGAGCUGAAACGUAAGAAGAAAAAAGCUAACAAGGAGAGGCAAAAAUUGAAUGAGCGUCUCAACCUGAAGAUGAUCCAUAAGAAUGAUGAAGGCCCCCAAUUAGAAGGAGACGAUAUGUUUAGAUUAAAGCAGAUUCAAACUUACGAACAGUUGGAACGAGUGAUAGAUCAAACGCCUGACGUCGUAGCGGAGAGUGACGUAGAUUCGGACAAGGAGGAAAGCAAACCGAAGAUUGUUCGUUAUGAGAAGGAUGCAGGUCACCUGGAUAGCAAGGGCUUGUAUUAUAAAUCGGAAGACAGUGACAGCAGUGAUGAGACGGAUGCUGCGUCAGAUGACGAUGCGGCUAGUGAAAACUCUGGACUAGGUCUGGAGGAUUCGGAGGACGAAAGUACAGAUAAACCGCAGAAGAAAACGCAAUUUACAGAUUGUAACAGCAAUCCAUUGCUAACUGAUCUAGAUUUUCGCGACAAAAAGACUAAAAAAAUUCGGAAAGCGGAACUUUGGUUCGAGAAGGACGUAUUUAAAGACUUGGAAAAUGAAAAUGACGCAGAUUAUGAAUUAGAUAAAAUGAUUGAGCAAUAUAAGAAGAAAGGCGGACAUGUCCUCGGGCAGGAAGAAAAAGUAGAAAAUCAUGAUAAAAAAAACAAACGUAAAAUCAGCGAAAAUGAUGAUACAGAUUCCGAUUAUAAUGUGGAAGAAGUUAUGGCGCCUAAGAAAAAAGUACAAAAUAUCGGUGGAAAGGACGGCUUUGAAAUAGUUUCACGAGAAACUAGAGAUAAAAAAUUGAAGAAGCGAAAAUUGACUUCCGGAGAUUUAGCACUCGGAUCAUUAUUGAUUCAGUCCAAGAAGUCCCGUAGAGACUUGAUUGACUCAGCUUGGAAUAGAUACACGUUCAAUGAUGAGAAAUUACCCGAUUGGUUUGUGAAGGAUGAGGAGAAACAUAUGAAGAAGGAGGCACCUGUUCCUAAGGAACUCGUCGAUGAGUAUAACAAGAGAGUCGAGGAUUUGAAUGUCAAGCCGAUUAAAAAAGUAAUGGAGGCUAAAGCGAGGAAGAAGAGACGCGCGAUGCGUAAACUUGAGAAGGCGAAGAAGAAAAUCGAGGCAGUCAUGGAUAAUGUGGAUAUCAACGACAAAGAGAAAGCCAAACAAGUUAAAGCGUUGUACAAGAAGGCUCAUAAAGAACCGAAGAAGGAAGUUACGUACGUCGUAGCGAAGAAACACUCCGCGCAAAAGCGAGCCAUUCGGCCUCCUGGUGUGAAAGGUCGAUAUAAAGUAGUCGAUCCGAGAAUGAAGAAAGAUUUACGCGCGGCAAAGGCAAAAGAAAAGACGAAAGGACGGGGAAAGAAGAAGCGAGGUGGUAACAAACCGAGGGGAAAGCCUAAAACCAUGAAGAGGAAAAGCAAAUAAUUUCCAUUUCCUAGAAAAAGCAAUUCUGCUUUGUAUGAUAUGUCGGUGAUACGAAAAUAGCCUGAGACAUUUCAACCCGUAGCAGAACACUUGUCACAUCAUUCUCAAAGUAGUCGGAGUCGCAAAUAGCGAAUUGCGCUGUUGCGCGGAUUACGCUACGUAAAGAAAGCCAGAGAUAAACAUCGUUUCGAUUCGUGCCGCGAGCAAACGUCCGUUCACGUCCAUUAAAUCGCUUAUCAAAUCGCGUCGAUAGGCUUCCAGAAUGUUAGCUAGAACGUAAUCUUGAGAAAUACUUUGCAAUGCAUAAAUAUUCCACCAUCCA